AUGCCGCCGCGGACGCCGAUUUCAUCGGUUGUUGUUGCGCGACGGUGUGCGCUGUGUAAGAAGAAGAUUGGGCCGGCUACUUCUUUUAAAUGUCGGUGCACACAGGUAUUCUGCUCCGUACAUCGGUACUCAGACCGCCACGGGUGCACCUACGAUUACCGCGGCGCUGGCCGAAUCGCGCUCGCGAAGGAAAACCCGCUCAUCAAAAAAGACAAGCUUGAAAAGCUCUGA